AUGGCUCGGACCAAGCAAACGGCUCGCAAGUCCACCGGCGGCAAAGCGCCUCGCAAGCAACUGGCCACCAAAGCUGCCCGCAAAAGCGCGCCCGCCACCGGCGGCGUGAAGAAGCCUCACCGCUACCGCCCGGGCACGGUCGCUUUGCGGGAGAUCCGCCGCUACCAGAAAUCCACCGAGCUGCUGAUCCGCAAGCUGCCCUUCCAGCGGCUGGUGAGGGAGAUCGCGCAGGAUUUCAAGACCGACCUGCGCUUCCAGAGCUCGGCCGUGAUGGCGCUGCAGGAGGCCAGCGAGGCCUACCUGGUGGGGCUCUUCGAGGACACCAACCUGUGCAACAGCCUGACAAUGUCUGGACGUGGCAAAGGAGGAAAGGGCCUUGGCAAAGGGGGCGCUAAGCGCCACCGUAAAGUCUUGCGGGAUAACAUCCAAGGUAUAACGAAGCCGGCUAUUCGGCGCCUGGCUCGGCGCGGGGGUGUGAAGCGUAUCUCCGGGCUGAUCUACGAGGAGACCCGCGGGGUGCUGAAGGUUUUCCUGGAGAACGUCAUCCGAGAUGCCGUGACCUACACCGAGCACGCCAAGAGGAAGACCGUGACUGCUAUGGACGUGGUCUACGCUUUGAAACGCCAGGGCCGCACUCUGUACGGCUUCGGAGGCUAA